AUGGAAAGGCUAAAUUUUGUUAAAAAUGGAGUGAGUAGAUUGCCUCCUGGUUUUCGUUUCCAGCCAACAGAUGAAGAGCUUGUCUUCCAGUACUUGAAAUGUAAGAUCUUUUCCUCCCAGUUGCCUGCUUCAAUCAUUCCUGAGAUCAAUAAUGUCAGCAAGUAUGAUCCCUGGGAUUUGCCAGGAAAUUGUGAUGAUGAAGAGAGGUACUUUUUCAGCUCCAAGGAAGUCAAGUAUCGAAGAGGAAAUCGUAUGAACCGAACAUCCAACUCUGGCUAUUGGAAGGCAACAGGAUCAGACAAAAAAAUUUCAUCAUCAAUAAAUAAUGGCAUUGUGGGAUUAAGAAAGACUCUUGUAUUCUAUGAAGGAAAAUCUCCAAAUGGGUCUCGAACUGAAUGGGUCAUGCAUGAAUAUCGACUCGUCAGUGUGGAAACUAGUGCUUCCAAUUCAUCACAGAAGGAUGCAAACGAGAUAGGGGAUUGGGUUCUGUGUCGCAUAUCCUUGAAGAAAAGAAGUAUAGAAAGUGAUAACAACACUACUCCAUCAGGAAGAACAAUGGUGAAUAAUGCUGAGAUGGCUCAGCCAAGAUUCUUUGAUUUUUUAAGUGUUCAUCACAAUUCACUUCCGGCUCCUGCACAUUCUUCUACGUCCUCAACUUGUUCAAGUUCCAAUAACGUUGUAGAUGUCUCUUUUCCUAACCAUGAAGAAACAAGUGGCUACGGCCAUUUUUAA